ACAGUAUUCAAAAUGGUGGAUAGACAGAUAAACGCGCGAAAAUUCAGUGUACAGUUUUAGAGAUUUUUUACCGUACUCCAUUGAAUAAUAGUGACCAAAAACUUCAAUUUCAGCAAUAUCAGAGGAAAAAGUUAAUCUUCGUGAGUUAAAAUGGGGGUAAGGCGCCUUUUUAGUUUGAAAGUUGCGCAUAAAGCUGACGACUCAGACUGCUUUUGCCGCGCAAUACAAUAUUUGAACUUUAUAUAACUGAUCAUGACUGAAAAUUUCAGUCCUUUAAUGUUAUGUUUGUUUCCUAUAAACCACAGAAAAAGUCUGCUAAAGGAAAAGAGAAAAAGCUCAAAAGGAAAGAGGUAAUCAUUUUUAGUAUUUAUCUCCAUACUGUCACUUUGUCAAUGCAGACCAAUAUACAUAGGAAAUUUAUUAAGCUCAUUCUAAAGCUUAAACGGUGGAUACUUUGCAAAUUGUUUGCAUUUGUAUUUUCUGCUGGAACUGGUGAACCGUUAACAUGUACAAGAUCACGUUCUGCAGCAUGUUUCAGUCCUAUAUUAAUUACCAAAAAUCUAUUACUCAUUAGUAACAUGGCCCAUUUGACAAUCGAAGUUUUUGCAUGCUUCUAUUUUGCCUGCCAUUAUAACUAAAGGUCCCCCAUUGUUUCUUUCUUUCUUUUUCUUAUGUAUCCUGUCUUAUUUGAAACCCUGGGGGACCCUCAUGUAAAAGUGAUAGGGAUGCCCCUCAUCCCAUGAGUAAACUGUUAUUUUGUUACAAGUUGUUGCAGUACAAACUGGAGAAGAUUCGAUACAUGCGCUAAGUUGGUUUGAUCUACUCGAGGUUGUUUCAAUACAAGGUAUCCGGUCGUUUCGCCUACGGGUCGUUUCGCCCACGGUCUGUUCGCCUACGAAUAGAGUCGAUUCGCCUACGUCUUAUAUGUCAGUUCGCCUACGAGUCAGAUGUUGAAGCUUUAAAGCUGAAUUAUUAAAAGUCCUUGUUCCUUGUAUUAUUCCUUCCAUUCUAUCCUCGAUGGCUAGAAAAACAACGCGCUAAAACAUCUAAGUUCGAAUGUUUUUACAAACUUUAUCAUGGCGGAACCCGGUCGUCUACGAAUAGAAUGUGUGAAAGAUAUUUGUAAAACUGAACAUUAAGAUGUGUAUUAAAAUGAAAUUAACCACCGUUUACGGUCUUUGUGUGGUCGUGUAAAGCGCGAGCAGAGCAGUAAACAAACCACUGUUUACGGUCUUUGUGUAGACUUGUGAAGCGCGAGCGGCGCCUAAACUAAAGAAGGUGAGACUUUUCAUUAACAUAUACGAAAUUAGCUUCGGCUGCACUUGACAGUCGGUUCAAUUUCUACGUCGAUUUGGCGACUUGUUGAAUCUUUUAACUCUAUAAACUAGUUUAUGUAUGUAAUGUGUCCGGGUAUUCUGAGUUACUCCGUUUGCAUACUUUCAUCUAACAGACAAAUAAUAUAAAAACUUAAAGCGUCCUUUGUGUAGACUUGUGACUUGAGCGGCGCUCAUACUAAGGGAGGUGAGAGUUUUCAUUAGCAUACAUAGUACUUACCACAAAAUUGGCUUGUUCACACUACACGGCUUGAUGUAACUUUUUAUUUCGAUGUUGCGGCUUGUUAAAUCGAUAAUCAUAGUCAUAUACUUCGGACUGAGUAAGAUAAAUAAACGUUCGUGUUCACGUUUAGACUUGGUUCUAAUAACCAAGGUUUAGAUUAAAGUAACAACCUACACAAAAGAAGGUGGGACUUUUCCCAUUAACACAAUCAAUUCCAAAGGACAUUGUUUAACGUAGAUCAAUUAGCAAAGGAUUACCAAAUAAUAUUAGCAUUCACCAAUCACAACGCUGCGAUUUCGAUCCAUCGGACAAGGCAUUGACAGUAUAAAAGCCCUGGUAUUUUAUUCUCAUGUCACCAGUUCGUUAGAACAACACUAUUCGAAAAGUCAAUCUACGCUAAUCAUCAUCGAUAUCAUGGAGGAAUUUUACUGUAUCUUUUGUGCUGAAAUCGUAACCUCCGCCGCCGAGGGCCCUACUCUGCGGCGGAUGCGACAGAUGGCAACACCGUCGUUGUCACACUGGCGUUGACCGAGCCACAUAUCGACAGGCAGUAAGGACCGCCCAGGACAUUUUAUGGACUUGCAUCUAUUGUACAGACGAGACACCAGUACCGGUUGCUGCUAGUUCGAUGAUCAAUACAGGUAUAUAAUUUUUUUGUUAUCUCUUAAGGUUGAUUUCCAGCACUGUGUAAUUUUAAGGCAAAAAUGUUUCAUGCGCUAUAUUGAAUGAUUUAAUCAUUGAAGUAACUAAUAGCUAAUAAAUGUGCUUAAAACCAACAGACUCGAGUACGCCUUCUGCUCUACCAGAAUUGUCUUUACCCGUUUCAUCGCCAUCAGACCUCGGAACAGUCAUGGAAGUGACUAUGUUCUCUGCCCCGCCAAGCCCUCCAUCGGGUACAAGGAUUGAGGAAGGUAACUAUAUAUAUAUAUAUAUAUUGAAAGAUACGGAGGGUUUAAAAAAAUUACACACAGUUUUGUGUUCGUGCGCCUCAGCGCUCAGGCACAGACCCAGCCCCUCCGCAAUCUUACUGACUACAUCCAGGAGCAGUGGAUUGAGAGCACCAUCUUCACCCCAAAAGAUUGGAGUGUCUUCAAGCAGCCGAUCCGGACAAACAACGAUAUAGAGGGGUGGCACAACGCUCUGAACCGCCGAGCCGGUGGCCAAUGCAGAUUACAGUUUUACCUCUUAAUCGAACUUCUUCAUCGAGAAGCCCGCUUAACGUCAAUAACAAUCAAGCUUGUUUCAGACAAGAAGUUGAAGAGAAUACAGAGAAGGAAGCACAGGCAACUCCAACAGAAACUAUUCGACGCCUGGGAGCAGUACCAGACAGGCAAUAAGAGUGCUUCACAAUUACUCCGCUGCUGUUCCCACUUGAAUGGACCUGCUCGUUGCCAGUAAGACUGAAAUAGAGAACUUUGAUAUUUUCAACAGCAACGUCAGAAGUUUAAUAGUAAAGGUUAAGUUUAGGUUAAGUUACACAUUAAUUUAGGUAGAACUUAUGAUCGCAAAGUCGAUAAGCAUCGAAGUUAAGUUAGGUCGAGUUUAGUUAAAAUAAGCCAGUUGGAUGGACCUGCUCGUUGCCAGUAAGACUGAAAUAGAGAACUUUGAUAUUUUUAACAGAAACGUCAGAAGUUUAAUAGUUAAGGUUACGUUUAGGUUAAGUCACACAUUAAUUUAGGUAGAACUUAUGAUCGAAGUUAAGUCGAGUUUAGUUAAAACAAGCCGGUUAAGUUUAGGCUAAGUUUUCUUCGGUUGUCUUUCCUUUAGGUUAAGUUGCACAUUAAUUUAGGGCAGCUAAGUUUAGGUAGAACAAGGCUGGAAUUUCGAACUUAAGGUGGCGAAAUAGAUAAGCAUCGAAGUUAAGCAAGGGUUACAUGUGAAUUAUUUUAUCAAGGGGCGGGUGUCAUUAGGACAACCCACACGUUCCCGCAUGUAAUAAGUGUAUUAGAAUUAACACAGAGUGCGGAGGAAUAACAUGUUUUUGACGGUUUGAUUGUUGAUUAUACAGAAAACACAGGCGAAUUGUACGAUCGGCUCGGUAAACUUUUCGCUUCGCCUACCGUCACAAAGAACUCCUCUGCGCCCUGUGGAAUUAAACGCGAAUGAUCUGUUGUUUAAGGGGCAGGUGUCACUCGGAUAACCUAAACGUCCCCGCAUGUAAUAAGUGUAUUAGAAUUAAAAUGUCGCGAAAUGAGUACGCUUCAUGGUUACUGAGUGUAAUUGGAGAACCGUGUAAUUCGCAACUCAGAAUAUGCGAUAUUUACAUAACUUGUUUUUACUCAAACGAAGAUGAAUCAAAUUAAAACGGACAUUUUUUAAGGAAAACGAACGCUCGUUAUUUACAAUUAUUUAACUUCGAUAGGCUUGACUUUAUGAGUCACGCUCUAGGAAUUGAAUCGACUGACUAGGAUCCGAGCGCGAUCGCACAUAAAGUAGAUGAAUAAACUGUGGUAACACAUGUUUUAACACGUAGGCGAACUGACAUAUGAGACGUAGGCGAAUCGACUCUAACCGUAGGCGAACAGACCGUAGGCGAAACGACCCGUAGGCGAAACGACCGUAAUUCCAAUACAACCAAAACAACUUCCCAACUUUCGAAGAUUUAGUUGAUAAUUAUAACAAAAUUAAAAGCCUGUAGCAGUUAAAUGUUUCUCUUUAGUCUCGAAGAAUGAACUACUAGGUAAGUACAAUUCGGCUCAACCACGCGUGAACCAACUACGAGGGAUGUUCGUGAUACAUCAAUCACCAACAAUUAACAACUCGGUCUAAACAAUGCAAUCAAUAUGUAAGUGACCGUCAUUAGAGACAAAAUUAUGAUAAAUGAAACCCUUUAAUUAGUUGUUCACAGUCAUUGUUUGUAUAUAACAUUUAAGUGUUGUUUAUAGGUUCCUGUUUUUAAUUUUGAACUCGCGGUCGAUUUCCAACACUACUGUAUUGUAAGGGAUGGACCAUUAGAAAACUUAUAGGGGCAGGGUGAAGUACAGGGGAAGAUUAAAUGAAAAAUUAGUGCAUGCCAAGUAACCCUAAAAAAUAUUUUUGCUCUGGACUUAAAAAAAUUCAUACAAGAGAAAUGCGGCAUGUAAAGAAAGUCAUGUCCAAUAGCCUGGGGCUAGUGGAUUUUGCUUUCGGGCUAGUGAAUUUUGUUCUUAACUUGCGCGACGGGCAAGUGAAUUUUUUGGGGAAAUUCAAAUUACAGAAGCUACAGCUUGCCCAAAUGGCAGGCUGUAAAACUGACUUUCUUUGCACACUGCUGCCUGCAUCUAGGGGCAGGUGUCACUUGGAUAACCCACACGUCCCCACUUGUAAUAUUAAAUAAGUACAUUAGAAUGAUUAUUUUAUUUAGCUUAACAACAUUUAAAAUUGACUUUCAAGAGGCGGGUGUCACUUGGACAACCCACAUGUCCCCGCUUGUAAUGAGUACAUCAGAAUCACUAUCUCAUUUAGCUUAACAACAUUUAAAACUGACCUUCAAGGGGCAGGUGUCACUUGGACAACCUACAUGUCCCCGCUUGUAAUAAGUACAUCAGAAUCACUAUCUCAUUUUGCUUAACAACAUUUACAAUUGACCUUCAAGGGGCAGGCGUCACUUGAACAACCCACACAUCCCUGCUUGUAACAAGUACAUCAGAAUCACUAUCUCAUUUAGCUUAACAGCAUUUAAAAUUGACCUUCAAGGGGUGGGUGUCACUUGGACAACCCACACGCACCGCUUGUAAUAAGUAUAUCAGAAUCACUACCUCAUUUAGCCUAACAACAUUUAAAAUUGACCUUCAAGGGGCGGGUGUCACUUGGACAACCCACAAGUCCGCGCUUGUAAUAAGGAACAUCAGAAUCACUAUCUUAUUUAGCUUAAGAACAUUUGAAAUUGACCUUUAAGGGGCGGGUGUCACUUGGACAACCUACACGUCCCCACUUGUAAUGAGUACAUGAGAAUCACUAUCUUAUUUAGCUUAACAAUGUUCAUUUAAAAUUGACCUCUAACGGGUGGGUGUCACUUGGACAACUCACAUGUCCCUGCUUGUAAUAAGUACAUCAGAAUCGCCAUCUUAUUUAGCUUAAGAACAUUUGAAAUUGACCUCUAAGGGGUGGGUGUCACUUAGACAACCCACAUGUCCCCGCUUGUAAUAAGUACAUCAGAAUCACUAUCUCAUUUAGCUUAACAACAUUUGAAAUUGACCUUCAAGGGGCGCGUGUCACUUGGACAACCCACAUGUCCCCGCUUGUAAUAAGUACAUCAGAAUCGCUAUCUUAUUUAGCUUAACACCAUUUAAAAUUGACCUUCGAGGGGUGGGUGUCAUUUGGACAACCCACAUGCUUGCGGCCAGCAAGGUGAAAAUGAACGGGAGUGAAAAAAAAAGCGAACAGGAACACAAAAACAAUGUUUUUGGUGAGCAAAUGCAACAAUAUUAUUCGUCCAUUAAAAUAAUGUGUAACUAAGAAGUUAUACGUUUUAGUCGUACAAAACAGUAAUGUGUCAUGCAAAACAGCAAAGAAUUGUAUAAAAAAGUGUGCUGAACAUGCAAAUUUGCUUUUUGCUAAUUAGAUCUAUUGAUUUGGUUGCCUUUCUCAUGGCUGUCGCUGUUUAGCAUUAUACGAUUUUAUAUUUUUUGUUUAUGAGUAGCCAGUUAAGGAGAGCUUCGCUUUUAGCCCUGGCUAAAUCUAUAUAUUAAGUACAUUAGAAUCACUACCUCAUUUAUCUUAUCAACAUUUAAAAUUGACUUUCAAGGGGCGGGUGUCACUUGGACAACCCACAUGUCCCCGCUUGUUGUAAGUACAUUAGAAUGACUUCCUCAUUUAUCUUAUCAAGAUUUAAAAUUGACUCUCAAGGGGCGGGUGUCACUUGAACAACCCACACAUCCCCGCUUGUAAUAAGUACAUUAGAAUCACUAUGUUAUUUAUCUUAUCAACAUUUUAAAAUGACCUUCAAGGGGCGGGUUUCACUUGAACAACCCACACGUCCUCGCUUGUAACAAGUACAUUAGAAUCACUACGUUAUUUAUCUUAUCAACAUUGUAAAUUGACCUUCAAGGGGCGGGUGUCACUUGGACAACCCACACAUCCUCGCUUGUAAUGAGUACAUUAGAAUCACUACCUUAUUUAUCUUAUCAACAUUUAAAAUUGACCUUCAAGGGGCGGGUGUCACCUGGACAACCCACACGUCCUUGGUUGUAAUGAGUACAUCAGAAUCACUAUCUUCUUUAGCUUAGCAACAUUUAAAAUUGACCUUCAAGGGGCAGGUGUCACUUGGACAACCCACCUGUCCCCACUUGUAAUGAGUACAUCAGAAUCAUUAUCUUAUUUAGCUUAACAACAUUUUAAAAUUGACUUUUAAGGGGCGGGUGUCACCUGGACAACCCUCAUGUCCCUGCUUGUAAUAAGUACAUCAGAAUCACUAUCUCAUUUAGCUUAACGACAUUUAAAAUUGACCUUCAAGGGGCGGGUGUCAUUUGGACAAGCUACAUGUCCCCACUUGUAAUAAGUACACCAGGAUAACUAUCUCAUUUAUCUUAUCAACAUUUAAAAUUGACCUUUGAGAGGUGGUAUUGUCAUACCAAUAGUGACCAAAGAAUCUUCUAAAAAAAAGUAAAAUUUUAUUGUACUAAAGUUCUGCAUAAAAGGUUUCAUUCAAAUGUCAACACCAUAGCAAAUCAUUCAUAGAUUUAAAAGUGAACAUGACAAAUAAUCUUGGCAUAAACUAUUGAUCUAGAGCACUGUAUGUACAUCGGCCAUCAUAUGCCAUCAGCUCAAGGCACCUUUGAUGUGCUGUCAUUGGUCUGGGUGGUUGAAGUGGUAUCUAACAUGGUCUGAAGAGGCAGCAUAGUGUGCCCUUACUAGCUGAUGUUCGAUCCCACUUCUCUGGUUUCUCCGCAAUGCAGCCAUUGAUUGCAAGGGAGGGAGUUAGCAUCCCAAUGGUUUCCUACAAUGUUUUGUCAUGCUGGGCUC